CACCUCAGCACCUGUGAGCAUCACAUCACAUGGACUAGACAUGGAUUACACUAUUCGUGCAGCCAACGUGGAGGACUGCAAGGACAUAGCGCGGAUGAUCAUGGAAUUGGCUGAACAUGACAAACUCUCAGACUAUGUGAAAAUCACACAGAAAGACUUGGAGCAAGACGGCUUCUCCAAGAACCCGUUCUUUCAUGGAAUCAUUGCUGAGGUUCCUGAAAAGCACAAAACCAAAGACGGCCAUACAAAAAUAGGAUAUGCACUUUACUUCUAUUCCUACACAUCAUGGAAGGGCAGAGCUGUGUUCAUGGAGAACUUGUAUGUGAUGCCUGAGUUCAGAGGGAAGGGAAUCGGUAAAGCACUCAUGAGCAAGGUAGCACAGCUGGGCCUGGCUGCUGGCUGUACCCAACUCGACUUCAUUGCUCUUGAGCAAAACAAAUUAUCUCAGGAGUUUUACUUCAGGCAGGGCUGUUCCGACAUCUCGGCUGACUUUGGCUAUCACUAUAUGGCCUGUGAAGGAGAGGCUUUGGAGCACCUGGCCCAACCCUAA